AUGGACCUGCCUUGCUAUCAUGGUCCUCUGACCAAGCAAGAGUGUGAAAUCUUGCUGCUCAAGGAAGGGAUAGAUGGCAACUUUCUGAUACGAGACAGUGAAUCUAUACCAGGAGUCCUGUGCCUCUGUGUCACGUUUAAACAGCUUGUCUAUACAUACCGAAUCUUCAGGGAGAAACAUGGAUACUACAAGAUAGAGACUGUAGAAGGAACUCCAGAACAAAUCUUUCCAAACUUAAAGGAACUAAUCUCCAAAUAUGAAAAACCAAACCAAGGGCUGGUGAUUCACCUCUUACACCCAGUAAACAGAACCAGUCUCAGCCUGAGGAGGAGGAGAACACAGUUAAACGGGAACAAAGCCUUCAAGGAGUAUGAGAGGUGGUUAGAAAAUUUGGGGGCAACCUUUAUUGAGAACUUUCAGAUCACAUCAUGA